UCUAGUGCUACAUCCACUACGAUUUGUGGGUUUCAUAUGUAUUACUCAUUAAAAACGUUUUUAGUUGAUUGGUUUUACUAUAAAUUUUGAAGUUGAGAAGUGUCUAUGCAUUGCGAUAUUGAAGAAAUGAAGUGCAUCUGCUUUUUGGUGUUUCUUGCUAUUUUUGGCAUUGCUGAGCUCAAUGUAGCAGAAGGAGCUGGUGAAUGUGGGAGAUCAUCCCCUGACAGUGAAGCCUGGAAGUUGGCUCCUUGUGCAAUGGCAGCACAAGAUUUGAAUGCUCAAGUGUCUGACAGUUGCUGCCAACAGGUGAGGAAAAUAGGCCAGAAUCCAAGAUGUCUCUGCGCUGUUAUGCUUUCUAACACAGCUAAGAGUUCUGGAAUCAAGCCAGAAGUUGCUGUGACCAUUCCUAAACGCUGCAACAUUGAUCGUCCCAUGGGUUACAAAUGUGGAGGUAUAUUUUAUUUUUACAGUAUUAUUUACAGACUCUUUAUCCAUUUUUCCUCUGCUUUUACAAGAUUCACCAAGUUUGACUCUCAUUUUCCUUCUUCAUUUGCAUCUCUUGAAAUUGCUUCUUACAUUUUGCAGAUUACACUCUGCCUUGAGCAUGAAGGCACAAGUCAUGUUCCUGGUGAUGUAUUUGAAUGA